CCGCCGCCACCACGCCGCGCGCCGUACUCCGCGUCAAGAAUGGGGCGGCCAAGCUGCCCAAGCCGCCCGCCGCCGCCGCGGCCGAGGCUCCUGGCGCGGGCGCGGGCAUGGAGCGCUCGCAGAGCCGCCUUAGCCUGUCCGCCUCCUUCGAGGCGCUCGCCAUCUACUUCCCGUGCAUGAACUCCUUCGACGAUGAGGAUGCAGACAGCCGGAGGCUGAAGGGUGCCAUUCAGAGGAGCACAGAGACAGGACUGGCCGUGGAGAUGCCCAGCCGGACCCUGCGCCAAGCCAGCCACGAGUCCAUCGAGGACAGCAUGAAUAGCUAUGGCUCAGAGGGCAAUCUUAACUAUGGAGGCGUUUGCCUGGCUUCAGAUGCCCAGUUCAGUGACUUCCUGGGGAGCAUGGGGCCAGCACAGUUUGUGGGCCGCCAGACCCUGGCUACCACACCCAUGGGAGAUGUGGAGAUCGGCUUGCAAGAACGCAAUGGCCAGCUGGAGGUGGACAUCAUCCAGGCUCGGGGACUGACUGCCAAGCCGGGCUCCAAGACACUGCCAGCUGCCUAUAUCAAGGCCUAUCUGCUGGAGAAUGGUGUCUGCAUUGCCAAGAAGAAGACCAAAGUGGCCCGCAAGUCCCUGGACCCGCUGUACAACCAGGUGCUGCUGUUUCCUGAGAGUCCCCACGGCAAAGUCCUGCAGGUGAUUGUGUGGGGAAACUACGGACGGAUGGAGCGGAAGCAGUUCAUGGGUGUGGCCCGAGUGCUGCUGGAGGAACUGGACUUGACCACCCUGGCUGUGGGCUGGUACAAGCUCUUCCCCACCUCCUCCAUGGUGGACCCAGCCACAGGUCCUCUGCUCCGGCAGGCAUCCCAGCUGUCCCUUGAGAGCACCGUGGGGCCCUGUGGCGAGAGAUCUUAAUGCCAGGGAUGGGGAGGGGCUCCCCGAGAUGGCCUGGAGACCACCCAGCCCUGACCUGGGACCCCAGGCCCAGGGGCACAUUGGACAUCGGAGGAUGGGGUUCUUCCCCACAGCGGGGAAGCAGAAUGGGGAGACCUGCCCCCCCUUGGGCCCCUCCUCGCUCCUUCACCUCCUACCCCUGAGACCUUCCCUCUCCCAGUGGGUUGGCUACACUUUCGACUUGGCCGGUUUUGACCUGGUGGAUGAGGCUACAGUCAGAGAAAGACUGAGGUGGCGGAGCAAAUACUCUCCUGCCCCACCCCACCCCACCCCAUCCCACCUAUCACCCCCCCUUUUGCCUCCUUGGAAGCUCGCUGCCCAGAGCCAAGUCCAGAAUCAAGCCGGCCAUCUCCAUGGUGCCAAUUACCAGCAAGUGUCUUUCCUGCGGCACCGGGUUCAGGCAGCUACUCCUGCCCCAGAGCUGACGGGGCAGUUUGCAAGGAUCCGGAGCCAGCUCCCAGGGGCCCAGAGCUCCCCACUUGAAGGGGAGUGUGGGUCUCCCUCUGCCUGCCCGUGGAAGGAGCUUUGCCGCAGCCUGUCUGAGUCCAUCCAUCCAUCCCCUCCUGCCUGCCCCUCUGCUGUAAGCUCUAGGAAUUGGGGGCCAGCAGAGAUGAAGGGAGAGGAGGAGGAGCCCCAGGCCUGGCACAGAUUCCCCAGGGGCCCUUGUUCCAUAGGGUUGCAACAAGCUGCUCUGGAGCUCUCGGUGGACUGGAAGGGACAUUGUCAUUUGUGAUAUGGUGGAGGACUGCGGGGACCUGAGUUUCUGGAACCCUGCACACAGGUUUCUCUCCUGUGCGGGGGUAGUGGGAGCCGAGCUUUGAAGAAAGCUGGGAUUAAGUCUAGUGGCACCAAGGUAAGGGUUUCCCAAACAGGAGAACCCCUCCUUGUUGGAUGAGAUCAAAGGUCAUCUUGCAAUCCCUCUGCCUCUGGUCUAGGGUCUUGGGGAGGCAUUAGAGCCCCUCCCAUUUUAGUCUUUUUAAAUAAACCAUCCUGUACGAAGGGCAGAAGCCACUGCCCCGGCCUCAUCACCAUGGCUCAAGGAGGUACAACGGGAGGGAUACUGAGCUAUGAGUGUCAGAGCCAGAGGCUCCGAUGAGGCCUGGGUAGCUGCCUUCUUGUGGCCCUCCCUAGGGCCUGCAGGAGCCCUUUUGCAUGCAAGGGAGGACACAGUCUGGCCCUAUAGAAGCACAUUUCUAUCUCUGUCCUGGGAGCCGCCCAGCAGCCUGUCACUCCUCCUCACCCAGUCCCUGCUGUGUAGGGUGUAGUCCAGGUUAGCUGGGUAGUUAGUGUUCUCGCCUGAGGCCUGUUCUUAGCUCAGAUGUAGUCUUUUCUUCAAGCCCCAGGCUGGGGGUAGAGGGGAGACCCCAGUACAUUCCAGAAGAUUGCAGCCUCUCUCUAGCCUGGGCUGGGUGGGCUGCCUAGCUCCCCAAAGGCCAGCCCUUCCUCCCCACCUUCCUCUCUCCUCCCUUACGGAGUUGUGGCUCUAACUGUCCCUUAUACUCAGCGUCCUGGGAAAGUACCCUUGGUAUUGAUUUGCUUUAGGAUGCGCUCCUGAGGAUGGCUGGGCCUUGUGAAGGGGCCUGGACUCCAUUCAAGGGUGUCAUUUUUCACCGAGGAUGUCAAGGUUCUGUUGAAUCCCACCUUGUUCUUCUUCUACCAGGGGUUCCUUUCACUUGGGAAUUCUCCCCAGUCCCAGCCUGGCUAAGCUGUGAGUACCUUUAGGAUUCUGAUCCAGCUCUGUCACCUCCUCGUGGAGCUGUUGACACUGCACAGGGAAGGGGCUGUACACGAGCCCCUCUUCUCAGACCGAUCUUCAGAGCGUCCUUGGGACUGUGGAGAGUCAGGCCCUCAGGACAAGGGAACAGGGCUCUGGAUGGGGUCCCAUUUGAGGCCCACAGUUAGCCAUCACCCCGCCCCCCCCCCCCCAGUGUGGUAUCUCUGCAGUUAGGCCAUUACUCACCAUUUGGAAUAUUUUCACCCAGUAGAACAUCUUCCCUCCCCAGCUGUCACCGCUGUGGUUAUUCAGGGUGGGACAGAGCCUGGCUGUCACAACCAGAGGGGGAGGGGGCUCAGCUCUGAUUUGUCUGAGAGAGAGAAAGAGGGAGGGAGGGAAGAGAGAGAGAAUGCAGGAGCACUGGCUCCAAAGCAAUAACAACACCCUGGGGUGGUCGGUGAGGCCCCCUCAGUGAUUUUCUUGUUUGUUCUGUGACAUCUCACUCACCUCCUGGAGGGGUGGGGUGGGGGCUGGAGCCCCAUUUCUUUGUGUCAUUGUAAGCGUGUGCCCCACUUCCAAGGGGCUGUGACCACUGCGUAUGGGAACCUAUCUGUCCUCACCAAGGACUGGACAGGGCUUGGAGAGGGGGAAUGAUUUUCAUCAUUAGCUUUGGGGACUACGAAGCCCAGCCCGUGCCCACUGCUGUCUGCCCCUCUGUCAACUCAAACUCUGUCAUCUGGAGAGGAGUACGAGGGUGGAGUUGGGAUGCCUUUCCGGUGCUGGGUCUCUAGGGACGUUUCUUUUUUUCUCUGGACAGAGGCCAUGUAUAGGACAGCCAUGUAAAGGGUCAUCUCCAUUUUCCUUUCCCAGAAUGCCUCUGCAUUCUGAAGGGCAGGGCCUGUGGAUCUUUAGUCCAUUUACAUUUUGCAAAAAAAAGAUACCAAGUUCCUGCCUGAGGAGAGCCAUCCUGGGGUCAUUGGUAUGCCCAGUGGCCCUUCUCCUAGAUCUCCUCUUCAUUCACAUGUCAUGCUGAGCUGGGGCCAGGGCAGGAGGGGGGGGGCUGCCCAGUCUCAUCCUUUCUACUCCUUUUCUUUGGAGCCUCCUAGUGGCUCCAAAUUAUGGUAGGACAAGCUGUAGCCUGAGGAAACCCAGGCCCCAGCGGGAAGUCAUCUGGUUAAGGCCUCUCAGCAAUAUGCAUGGGAUGGGGGAGUGACAGAGUUGGGAGCUGCAGCAGGGAGGCCUGUGCUCAGAGGUGGAUCUGCCACCGUCAUCGUUUCCAGCUUCUAGAACAAGUGACACGGCCCCACUUGACUCUCUCUCUCCUGGGCCAGUGCCUUUUCUAGGCUUGAGUUGGAAGAAGAGGAGGCACCAGGGUGACCGAGAUCUCCUGAGCAAUCUCCCCAGUGAUCAGGAGCUGAAGGAUUUGCUCUAGGCCUUUUGUUCUGGGUCCCAACACAGGCUCUCACCUGGUUUAUAGAGUGGGGGCUCCAGGCAGUCCUCACCUUCAGAAGGGUUAACACUGCUUCCCACAGAACUUCCCACAAUGUGUCCCCAGUGAUUUUACUCUGACCCUCACAUGAGCUCCAAUAGCAAGUCAAGGGAGGCUUAUAUUGUCAGCCCCAUCUUCAGGAGGGAGAGCUGGAGGUCCCGAGAGAAGGGCUUGCCGGAGUGACUGAGCUCCAGCUCGUUCCCCAGGGGUCCGCAGCACAGGCGUGCAAGCACACAAACACAGUUAAGUGAUUCGCCACCGGAUUCCUCGAGGCAGGAGACUCUGGAGUACUUUGAGGUUCAGAAACAGCACAGCACCCCACACUCCCAAGGCAGAGCUGUUGCACCAGGCAAGGACACCUGCAUUUAUUUAUUGAGCAACAGCACUACACCGGGCCCAGAGCCUCGGACCCCCUUCCUGUCCCUUGCAAUGGCUCUCUUGGCCCUCCAAGAGGACCUGCAUCUGUAGAACAGGACCUUGGUGGGCGGAGCGUUUCCAGGAGCUUACCUGACAAGCCCCAAGGAUUUUUCAUCUCAGUAAGAGAACCUGUGUGGCUGGGUAGAGGCUAGACGCUGACAUAGGUGUUACCUGGCAUCCUCCGGCAAGGUGGCAGGAAGGUGGGACUCCAGCGUCCUUGGGCUGGGAGCCUCCCUCCAUUUACACACCUUCCCUGUGCCCUCUUGGGGAGCAGGAACAGCCUGGUCCUUUGGGGAGGGAGGGCUUUAGGGGUCUCUGAGUUGGAGUGGGUCACAUUGCAUUGUGUUCAUGACCACAUAGCUCAUGUUGGAAAUUAAAGUUUUUGGCUUUUCUA